AUGGGAACGGUAUCCAAGGUCUCACAAAAUUUUUGGACACAGCCCAUGAGCUGCCCAAUCCACGUAGCAUCCGUUUUCCAGUAUCCCGUGUUGGUGUUCCGAGAUGUGAUUAUCCCAAAGAUACAAAACAAUGCUUUCAAUGGCGCAGUAAAGAACGUUGUCGGGCAAAGUUGUGAUCCCCAUCAUGGUUGCGCAGUUGGUGAGUAA